AUGUACAACGGUGUACCACGAGCAGUAGCCGAUCUUUGUGAAAAUGAUGAUCUUGCUACAAUGAUUAUUGUUGAUAGUAUAUUUGGAUUUACAACACAUAAGAUGAAUGUACGUUUUCGACCAAAUCGUCGUUUAAUACCACAAUGGAAAUUAACUGUUGAACAAUUUCAAGAACAUCUUGAUUAUCAACGAUGUUUUGAUGAAGUAACAUCAAUUGGUACAUGGUAUGAUCAUUUACUUGCACGAAAAAGUCCAAUACAAUUAACAGCAUUUAAAGAACAUUUAUAUCGUUUUCUUCAUUUAUUUAAUAAAAAUUCAGGUGUCACACUUCAACCAUGUUUUCGUUAUUCAACAGAAAAAUGUGGAGGAAAAGUAGUAGCUACUAAAGCAUGGGCAGUGAAUGAUAAAAUUGAAAUGUUAAUUGGUUGUAUAGCUGAAUUAAGUCCUGAAGAAGAACAUGCUUUUCUUAAACCAGGUGUAAAUGAUUUUUCAGUUAUGUAUUCUUGCCGUAAAAAAUGUUCACAAUUAUGGCUUGGACCUGCAGCUUAUAUCAAUCAUGAUUGUCGUGCUAAUUGUAAAUUUGUAGCGACAGGUUUAAGUUCAGCUUAUAUUCAUGUACUUCGUCCAAUUGAAAUUGGUGAUGAAAUAACUUGUUGUUAUGGAUCGGAUUUUUUUGGUGAUAAUAAUUCACUUUGUGAAUGUCAUAGCUGUGAAAUUCUUGGUCAUGGUGCAUUUACUCAAAUAAAUUCAUCAAUAUCAAAAUCAUUACCAAAUAAUGAUAUUAUUUCUACUGAAAUAAUUGCAUCAUCAAUUACGAAUGAACAAUCAAUAAAUAAACAUAUGACUGUUUCAACACGUUUACGUCAAACUGAUAAACGUCUACGUAAAAUUCAGUCAGUUAAUAGUAUUAAUACAGUAGAAGAGAAAAAAAAAACAACAGAAGUAGAAAAACUAACAGUUGUUGUAAAACAUCCAACAGCAAUUUAUCGAAAUAAAAAUGGUCAAUUUAUUGCUCCACCUAAUCGAGUAGACUUAACAAAUACUACAAUAACAAAUAUUUCAACAGCAUCUAAUUCUCCUAGUCAACAAAUUCGAAAUAAAUCAAAUAAGAAAAAAAUUUCAAUUCGAAAGAAGAAAAUAAAUAAUAUACUAACAACAUUUUCAUCUCAAUCAUCUUCUUUUCCUUUAUUAUCAUCAAAUAGAAGAAUACCACGUCGACGACAAAGUAGUUCACAUUCAUCUUCAUCAAAAUCAUCUGUUAUUAUCAUACGAAAUCAACCAACAAUAACAGUUACAUCAUCAGAUUCAGCAUUUUUUUCUGAUGGUACAAAUUCCAAUUCACAAUCAUCAACAAUACCAAUUAAACAAACAAGAGAAACAAUCUCACAAAUAUCUCAUUUACAAACAACAACAAUUCAUUCUCGUUCAUCUCGUCUUCUUUCACCUGCUUUAUCAACAUCAUCAUCAUCUUCUGUAUCAUCUUCUUCAUUAACAUAUCCUAUUGGUCGUAAACGAACUGCAUCUCAAUAUUCAUCAUCAUCAACUUCAUUAACAACAUCAGUACAUUCAAAUAAUCCAAAUUUUCUUAGUUGGCGUCCAACAAUUCGUUCUACUCGUCAUUCAAGUACAUCUUCUAUUAGUUCAUUAUCAUCAGUAACUGAUAGUGAAAAUAAUGAUGUUAAUAUAAACAACAAUAAUAAUGAUCAUAAUCAAAGUACAACUCAAAUAUCUCAACGACCAGUUUUACCUAAAUUAACAAUUCGCAUGAGACCAGAUCCAAUUUUAUUAGAUGAAUUAGGAAAAAUGAAAUCAUCAAAAUCAUCACUUGUUACUAUUAAAAUUGACAAUGGAAAACGAUCAUUAAAAGAAACAUCAAUUCAUGAAACAACAUCAUUACGUUCAAGUAAACGUCGAAAAAUAUAA